AUGGCCUUGAGACCCGUGGACAGCGGCCCCGGCGGCCCCGGCGCUGCCGGCGCCCGUGCGCAAAGGCGAGGGGGGCACAGCGAGAACCGAGGUUUAGCGGCCCGAGGUCAUGAAGCUCCGGCGCCCUUCGGCGCCAUGGCACCCUUUGGGGGAUCCCUCUUCGGAGGGUCGGAUCCCUUCCAGGAGUUCAGCCAGGGCCCUGGCUUUGGCUUCGGAGGCUCGAUGAUGUCACGAUUCGACAACCUCGCGGCAGAGAUGAUGCGAGGUUUUCCUGACCAUGGCGAGAUGAAAGGAUUCUCCAGCAAUGUUCCAGGUGGUGGGUCCUACUGCCAAUCCUUUGCCAUGUCCUCUGUGAUGGGAAAGGAUGGGAAGAUGCACACGGAGAAGUACAGCUCCUCGGACGUGGGCCACACGGGGCAUGGCAUUCGAGAGGCGCAGCAUGCCUACUCCAACUCCACCAGUGGCGUUGACAAGAUGGGCUUGGAACGACAUUUGGGAGACCGUGCAAGAAAGAUGGUCAAGGAACGCAAUCGUUUCACCAUGGAGGAGAAAUGCUCCGAGAUGCUUCGAGGUAUGGAUGAAGGUGGACGGGAUCACUUUGACAAAGACUUCAGUGGCCUCUCCCGACAUCUUCCACCCCACGGCCGGGGUGGCGCAUUGGCCGACACAGGCCGCAGAGGGAUGCUUCCUGGUGGGCGACAGGGCCCCGCCAGCAUCACCAGCGGACCCACGGGCGUCACACGCGGUGCCCGGCGCUGA